AAUAUACCUAUUUUUACAACUGAAAUUAGAAAACUAAGAAAAUGGCGCCAACAAAGUUUGGGUUGUUUAAAGGCAGGAGCAGAGAUCAGCCCGAGCCACCUUCUAUGGAGAACCUUCUGGAAAGCAACACUGAAGUUGUACAUUAUGAGCCGCCGGAUUCGCCUGUACCUUCGACAAGUAAAGGCUUCAUCGGCAACAAAGACCUGCUACCAGCAGACAUAUUCUCCAUACUCAGCAUAGACGACGACGACGAUGACGAGAUAUUAUUCGGCAGUCAUGAGAAGUCUCGGCCGGCUAGUCAAUGCAGCAAACUAGACGAGCAACAGGGAGACUACCUUCAGUUCCAGAACCAGUCGUCAGGGACGUCGAUGAGCACCCUCGAGGAUAUUGACCGAAUGUCAGACAUGCGCGACGAGCCUGACACAAUGGCUCUCAACGACGACGCCUCGACGACGUAUGACGCCAACUCGCUCCAGCUGGACGAGAGCUCGAUAACGGAAAGUGAGGACAUGUCCAUGUACUGCGCCAUGCUAAAGAAGCCCAAGAAGAGCAGGUCCAAGGAGCAACAGCUGACCGACUUUGAUAUGUGGCAGGCCAGCAACAUACAGGUUAUGCAGAACCUCUUAACCCGCAGCGGCACCCUGGAUGAACAGAUCAAGUGGGAGGCCAUAGCCACCGCGCGCGGGCUGUGCACGCUGACUGACAGCUGCGCGUGUGACGACUGCACGGGGGCGAAGUUCCUCGCCGGGGUCACGGACGGCGACGGUGGCAUGGGCGCUGCGCCCCUACUCACCGCCAUCAGUGUGGGCUGCACUAUACAGUAA